AUGACCUGCUCUUACAAUCGCGGCUUGAAUCACCGGCGUGGGUCCCCGCACCUGGCCGAUUUGAACGUAUCACAAGUCUCUGAUUGUGAUGAAAGUAACUUUUCUCCACACCCUCCGAAUACCUCCUAUCCUGCGGCACAGCAGGCCACCGGGUGCAGCGAUAUACCAGCAGCGAGGGCGCACGGCAACUCGCCAGUAGACUGGGUUAAUUGUGUUGAGGGUGCUUCUGAACUCAAUAUGAAUCAUGUGCAUUUUGAUCAGGAGCUUGAUUCAGUCACUGACUAUCCGUGGAGCUUCAACAUGUCCACUUUACCACUUUUGCCUCCCUUUGGUCUUGAGGGUGCACCGGACUUCAUGUUGGAGAAUUUCAAUUCCCCGGGCAUUGAAGCCGCCGCCCAACGACUCAGUCAGCCAACCCUUACUUCUCUGUCCUUAGAACAGCUGGACCCGCUGUUCGCAAAAUGCGCAGCAAUCAAGGCCUUACUACAAGAACCAGGGCCGGUGGUACCCGAGGGGGUCUUGACGAGUUCAAUCAAUCGAAACAAUUUACUACUUGCUCUACAACUUUUCAGCCAGAACUUUCAACGGCAUAUCCCGUUUCUCCAUGUCCCCACUUUUGACUUGGCGACAGCAUCCCCGCUUCUCGUGUUGGCGAUGUUCAUCGUUGGUGUCUGCUAUACUGACAUCAUUCGCCCCGCCAAUCACAUAUUCUCAAUGGCCAUACAAGUAUUGGUUCAUAUUGAGAGGCAGCAGCACGAAAUUGAUAUGACCGAGCCUACUCUCUCAUCAAUCCAAGCAGGUAUUGCCGCUUUUGCGGUCCUUGGAAGCUCCCAAGACGAGACUGCCCACAGAGUUAUACCAUUAUACUGCGCGCGAAUCGUCUCAAUGGCCAGAAGAGCCGGAAUUCUCGAUAUGAGUCCCACCGUAGAUCACAGAACGCUGACCGAGCAGACAUUCGACUGGCAUUUGUGGGUCGAACGCGAGACUCGGACGAGAAUUGCUAAUACCUUGUUUUGCCAAGAUAUGGCCAGCUGCAUUUUCAUGGGCAAAGCACCGGCCUUCGCACCUCUUGAUUUACACAUCGAGCUUCCAAGUUACGAGAUCUGCUGGAACGCUAGAUCUCCUCAGGCAUGCCUGCAGCAUUUGCAAUCUAUGCCUCCGCAGCGCAAGCUCUCGUCCACUCUUUCUCAACUACGGAUACUUUCUCUUUCGUCUCAGGAACAAUCACCUCUUGAAGUGUCCGCUUUUGGGAUGUUCACACUGUUAAAGGCUCUGCAUUGCCUGGUGUGGCAGGCAAACCACCAUGACCUGGACCGGCAAUUGGAUAUCGGUCACUGCAAUUUCAGCUCACCUCCGGUUUUGAUUAAUCUGGAUCAACAACUUGCAAGCGACUUUUCAGGGGCUAAUAUCAUUAAAUUGACGGCGCAGGCCGUCCGACGCAGAGGAUCUAGCACUUUUACUAGCAUCAAUGAUGUGCUUGACAAAUGGCUCACCAUCUGGGAGCAACGGACCUGGCACGACAUAGAGUCUGAGAAUAUUUCCUUCUCGCUUGAUCCACUGCCCUUCUGGCGGCUUGCCAAAUUAUUCUUACUUCUUCAUUGUGGCAGGGAACACUUUUCUGGCAGCGAGUUUUCAUCUGUAAACAACACAGGUGGGACAUUACAGGACAGCCGUGCAUCCCAGGCCAAAGUAUUUCUUUGGCUUGCUAGGUUACGACAGAAAGAUUCUGCCGACCGAGUCCAAAAAGUGGACUCGCUGGCGAGUUUGAUGUCACCGAUUUAG